CGUUAUUGUUCCAGCUCUAUUCGCUCGUGGAAUUCGAAACAAAUUUGUAUUUUUUUGCGUCGCUCCGAACCCAGAAAGUCUAAGCGUCGCGCGUUUUCCCCAAAUAAAAAACCACGAAAAUUCAAACAGAAUAUUUUCUUGUUUUUUUUCUGUUUUUCUCCGACACACAUAACAAAAAUUCCAUUUUUUUUAAUAAAUCAAAAUAACAACAACAAAAAGUGCGUGCGCGUGCAGAAACGAAAGAAAAACCGUAAAAAUUGUGGGCGAAUCAACAAGCAAAAGAGAAUGAGCGAUGAUGAGGAGAAGAGGCAAAAGCAGAGGCAGUUGUCGUAGUACUAGUACCAAAAAGAAACUGCGAAAACUGCUUGUGAAGUGACAACAACAACAAGUAACGAAAGAGAAAAGCAAAAGCAAAAAAAGGUAACAAGCAAAAAGGCGAAUAAAAAAGAGCGCAAAAAUAUACGUCCACAACAACACAAAAAUUAACUUAAAAAAGUCGUGAAUUCACACACACAAACACAAAGUGUGAGAGCGAGAGAGCGUGCGUUAUUUAUUUUAUAUUUUCGUAAAGUUAAUCAUUUUUCGCAUUUGGUGGAACAAGUUGGAAAAGAAAAGCGACAAUAAAAUAUAAAAUACAACAACAAAAGCAGCAGCAAGCAGUUUGCACCACUUGGAAGAGGUUCCGCCCUCCCCCAAAUCCAUAUGCAAAAUGUCUAGUCCCGACGAUAGAAUACCAAUACACGAUCUGCCAUCAGAAGCCGGAAGCGAUGAGCGAUUGCUGCACAUAACGCCGGGCACACUGACAUUGGACUUCAAGCCCCAUCCUACGGUGGAUAUCGAUCAGCAGAUCAUGGAGCUCAAGAAGAGCCAGGAAUUGCAAAAGCAACGGCUUUUCCACACAUUUCAGGAGCAAUCGAAGCAAAUGGAAUUGGAGCAUAAGAUCCAACUGGAGCACAAGUAUCGAUUUGCGGUGAAUUCACAUGGCGCUUUCCAGGAAUUGCAAACCGAUAGCAUGGUGACAGCCACCGCGGCGGCAGCAGCGGAGCAACACCGGCAACUCCAGCAGCAGCAUCACCACCAGCAGCAGCAGCAGCAGCCCCAUCAACAUCAACACCAGCAUCAACAGCAGCAGCAACAACAUCAACAGCAACAUCAACAACAACAGCAGCAACAUCAACAACAACAGCAGCAACAUCAACAGCAGCAACAGGGACGCGGCAGAGACGGUAUGAAACUCAAGCAGACAUGCAGCGCCAAUGCCAGUCCCGAGGUCAAACAGAUUCUCAACUGCUUCAUCAUGAGCAGGAAGUCGCAGGCGACGACUUCAAAUGGCACGACGUCGCCCUAUCGGAAAUGUGGCGUGGUGAAGAGCUCCUCGGGCGAAUCCCUCCCAGCGGGAACCGUGACCAGUGCACAUCCCUACAAAAUACCUCAGCCGCCCUCCUCACUGCUCAAAUAUGAAUCUGAUUUUCCGCUAAGGAAGACAGCAUCCGAACCGAACCUGCUGAAGAUCCGGCUGAAGCACAGCGUCAUGGAGCGCAAGGCCCGCAUUGGCGGACCGGCGGGAGCCCGGCGCCACGAACGCCUCCUUCAGGCGGCGCAGCGCAGGCAGCAGAAGAACUCCGUUCUCACAAACUGCAACAGUACACCGGAUUCGGGACCCAAUUCGCCGCCCUCGGCAGCCGCAUUGGCGGUGGGCGUGGUCGGUAGCCGUGGAUCGCCGACGAGUGCACCCAUCCAGGAGGAGAACGAGGAGGGCAGCCAAUACCAGCCGGGCCAGAGGAGCAGCAUCAACGAUUUGCCGUUGUUCAGUUCGCCAUCGCUGCCCAAUAUUUCGCUGGGUCGACCGCAUUUACCCAACUCGGCGCAGGCACAGGCGCAUGCCCAGGCUCAAGCUCAGGCCCACGCUCAGGCCCAGGCCCAGGCUCAAGCUCAGGCCCAGGCCACGGCCCAGGUGAACUAUGCCAUGUUUGCGGCCCUGCACCAGCAUGUGACUGCCACCCAGGGAGGCGGAGGCCAGCCGGGAGGCUACUACGGUCCGUUGGGCAUGUUCGGGGGUCGCCAGCCACCGACACCGCUGGCCAUGAUUCCGGCCACGGGCAUUGCGCCGCAACAGCCGUCCCCGGUGGUGCGCAGUGCGUCGGCCACCUCGACAUCCUCGUCGCAGGCCUCGCUGGUGGGCGAUGUGGCACCGCCGCAGGCCCAUGCCGCCUCCACCAUUCUGCCCUCGUCCUCGUCCUACAUGCAGCAACUGGGUGGCGUGGCCGGUUCGGCGGUAAAUCUCCAUGCAGCCGCCGUGGCUGCAGCGGCAGCAGCAGCAGCCGCCGCCGGAUCACUGCCGCCGACGAAUAGUCAUGGCCAUGGCCAUGGACACGGACCCCAUGCGCACGGCGCACACGCCCACGGGCACGGUCAUGCCAUCUAUGGAGUCCACCAGCACAACGUACCCAUCACGGAUGCCCAGGUGGCGCAGGUGCAUCUCCACAAGCAGGGCCACCGGCCGCUGGGACGGACGCAGUCCGCACCACUGCCGCUGGGUCAUCCAAUGCUCACCGGAGCCGGGCAGCUGAAUGUGGUCCAAACGCACUACGAGAAUAGUGAGGCGGAACGCCAAGCGUAUGAGCACCAGGUGCUGAACCAAAAACUCCGCCAGACCGUCCUGACCCGCAGUGGAGCAGCUGCAGCCGCCGCCGCAGCGAAUGUGGUGGUGCGGGAGGCGCAGCUAAAGGAGGAGGACGACGACUCGGCCGCCGAGGUGAUGGACCUCACCGACAAGAAGAAACCGCCGAAGACGGUGCUGACCAACACGAUAGCGACCAGCACGUCCCAGAAUCUGCCCGAUUCUCUGGCAGCGGCGUUGGCAGCAGCAGCCGCCUACCGUGCCCCGCCCUCCACGUCCAACAAUCCCGCCUCCGCCACAAAGUCCGGGAUCAUCAAGCUGCGGGACCAGGAGUAUCUGCAACAGCAGCGCGAGCAGCUCUUGCUGCUGCAGCAGGAGGAUGAGCUGGCCAAGGGCCUGAUGCGACCGCUGUCGCGAACGCUCAGUAGUCCGCUUGUGCCGUUGGGGCCACAUGGUCUUAGCCAGAUCCCGGACACGGGACAGCAGCCGGCGCCAAUUGCCACAUCCUCGUCGGCCGAUCACAUACCGCCCGUGAACCUCUCGCUGCCGCAUCGCCAGCACCGCCAGUUGAUGAGCACCCUGUACGCCAGCCAGUUGCGCAACCACCAUCAGCCACCGGCGAGUGGCUCGCCGCCGCACAAGGUCACCACCGGGCUGGCCUACGAUCCGCUGAUGCUGAAGCACUCGUGCAUCUGCGGCGACAAUGCCCAGCAUCCGGAGCACAGUGGCCGGUUGCAGAGCGUGUGGGCGCGGCUGAAUGAGACGGAUCUGGUGAAGCGAUGCGAUCGCCUGCGCGCCCGCAAGGCGACGCAGGAGGAGCUGCAGACGGUGCACACGGAGGCGCAUGCCCUGCUCUUUGGAUCGAAUCAGUGCCAGUUGAGCAGGCCCAAGUUGGAGAACACGUUGUCGGCGAGCUUUGUGCGCCUGUCGUGCGGCGGCUUGGGUGUGGAUCUCGAUACCACGUGGAAUGAGCAUCACACGGCCACCGCUGCCCGAAUGGCCGCUGGAUGUGUGAUCGAUUUGGCGCUGAAGACGGCCAAGGGUGAUCUACGGAAUGGAUUCGCCGUUGUCCGGCCGCCGGGCCAUCAUGCGGAAGCCAAUCUGGCCAUGGGAUUCUGUUUCUUCAACUCGAUCGCCAUUGCGGCCAAGCUGCUGCGCCAGCGGAUGCCCGAGGUGCGGCGCAUCCUCAUCGUCGAUUGGGAUGUGCAUCAUGGCAAUGGCACCCAGCAAGCAUUCUACCAAAGUCCCGACAUUCUAUAUCUUUCCAUACAUCGACACGAUGACGGUAACUUCUUUCCCGGCACAGGCGGACCCACAGAGUGCGGCUCCGGUGCUGGUCUCGGCUUCAACGUGAACAUCUCGUGGUCUGGGGCACUGAAUCCGCCGCUGGGCGACGCCGAGUAUAUCGCUGCAUUCCGUACCGUUGUGAUGCCCAUCGCGCGGAGCUUCAAUCCGGACAUUGUGCUGGUCUCCUCCGGCUUCGAUGCGGCCACCGGCCAUCCGGCUCCGCUGGGCGGCUACCAUGUCUCGCCGGCCUGCUUCGGGUUCAUGACCCGCGAACUCCUCCAACUGGCCAACGGCAAGGUGGUGCUGGCCCUCGAGGGCGGCUACGAUCUGGCCGCCAUCUGUGAUUCCGCCCAGGAGUGCGUGCGGGCGCUGCUCGGCGAUCCCGCCGCCCCGAUAGCACCGGCCGAGCUGGAGCGACCGCCCUGCCAGAAUGCCAUCAACACGCUCCAGAAGACGAUAGCCAUUCAGCAAACGCAUUGGCCCUGCGUGAGGCUGCUGGAGCACACGGUGGGUCUGUCCGCGCUGGAGACGCUCAAGGUGGAGCACGACGAGUCCGAGACGAUCAACGCCAUGGCCGGCCUCUCAAUGCAGUCGAUGCACAGAACUCUAUCCCGCGAUGAUUCCGAGGAGCCGAUGGAUCAGGAUGAAACCAAAUAAGAGGCGACGCAGGCGGAUAAUGAGAGGGAGGGCGUAGCGAGAAUUUGUGGGCGUGGCUAGGGGAAUGGAGAGGGGCGUGGCCGCAAGCUGCUCAAUGCACAUUUAGUUAUUUGUUGUAGUUGAAUUGAUUGUUGUUGCUGUUGUUGUUGUGGCGCUCGCUUGCAAUUGUUGUCGUUGUCAUUGAUCGUCUAUAGCUAACAUCCUAUCUCUCUCCCUCGAUCGACAAUUAUAUCCGAAUUCCCCCUAUCCUUAAUUAAUUAAACCGCCCCUCGAAAAUGAGAAACAUCGAAAAAGCAGAAGGGGGAAAUAGUAAAAGAAGCAGAACAGGGCCUAAAGUUCAAAAUGGUGGCUGUGCCUCCAAAAAAGAAAUAAUUAUAAUAAUUAGAAAAGGUUAACCCUUAAAAACUGGGGAAUUUUAUAUGAAUACAUAUAUUUAUAUAUAUAGCAUAUGGUGAGAAUUUAGUUGUAGAAUUUCUUGAGAGAUUUUUUUUUUUUGUUUUUUUUAAGGUGAGAUGAGAGUUAUUUUAACGCACAAACAAACACACGCAACUCAAUGUAUCUUAUUAUUAUGAUUAUAAUUUAAGUAAGUGUGUUAAAAGGAUAUAGAACCACUAACCUAAUGGUAAAUCAGUAAACUAUAAAGUUAAAGUUAAAAGGAGAUCAGGUGCAAGAAGCGUGUGUUUUUUUUAGGUAAGGUUCAACCUCAAAGUCCCAAAUAUAAACCCCACCACGCCCACUUAUCCCGCCACCCCAGAUAGAGAUCGAGAGAGAGAGAGAGAGAAAGCGAGAGAGAAUUACGUGUUAUGUAGAAUGCUUUAGUUGAUAUAAGAUAUAAGAAAACUUAACAUUUAACAAAUUGAAAGAAAAACCUAAAAACUGAGAAAUCUUUUUGUACAAUUUAUAGUUUAGUCCAAGUUUCAAGUACAACAUAAUAUUAUUUAAAGAAUUCUAUAUAUAUCUAAAUAUAUAUAUUGUGCAAUAAAUGUGAGAAAAUGAAAAUCGAGUGCAGAGCAAAAACAAAAACACACAAAAGCAGAAACUAAAACUAAAACGAAUAAGAGAAAAUUGUUGUUAAAUGUUGCCGAGAUCUUAUAUACGUAUGUAUACCUAAUAACUGUUACAAUAAUAACCCUUUAUAUAUAUACACAUAUAUAUGAAUAUAUAUAUAUAUAUAAAUGCACAUGUGUAUUUCACCGUGUGUGUAACGAUAACGAUGUUCAACAAAUGUCUGAAAUGAAGUAAAACUAUUAUUAUAUGUAAAUAAAACACAAAACAAAAUGAACAAUUUUAAUAAAAAACAAACAAAAAAAAUACAAAACCCAAACAGAUUCACGCUUACACACACACACAUACGGCCUCGGCAGGACCCGAAAGGCGUGAAUCGGGAAAAUUCUGGAAUACCCGUUUAACCGCUAACCGUUAACUGUAAUACCGCUGUAAUUGUAAUUGUAUUUGUACUCGUGUACCUUUAGCUGUCUAUAGCCGUCUCUUUCUAUCUCGCUACCUAACCAUAAAGGAGCACCUCUAAAGCGGAAAAAAGGAGCAACAGACAAGGAUCAAAAAAUAAGUAAGAGAUGGGGAAGAUAAGGAAUAACAAAAGGAUGAAGAUGAAGCACAACGAGAGAUGGACCGAUUGGCUCCAACUGGAAGAAACAAUUGUUAACAAAUCGAAACAGACACUAAAAACUAAACAGAAAAAAUGAAAUUUCAAAUAUGUAACUAUUAAGCUAAGCAAAGGAGAUGCCAUUGCCAGAGUUAUUUUUUUCCCCCUCUUUCAUAAGAAAACAUUAUUUGCGCUCAACAGUUUAAACAUAGAUUAAACAUAGUCGGUUUCGAAAAAAUUUAAAAAAAAAUAUAUACAUAUUUUGAACAGUUUUGUCUAAACGAUUUAAAAUACAAAUUUUAAAUUGCUUCUGUUCUGUUUUUUGUCUAAGCUCUUUUUUAGGUUCUAUUUCUGGUUCCCUAAUUUAAAUUUGGCAAUGGCUAGAGGGUUAUCUUACAUUUCCACCACCAACGUCCAUUUACCUCCUCUGAUUAGAAUUUUUUGAAAAACCCUAAACUGAUAACAAGAAUCAUUAAAAAAUUAUAAGAGCAAAAAAAAUAUUGUUGUUGCGCACUGCAAAAAAAAAACCAAAAAUUAAUUCCAAAAGCUGAGAAACAGUAACAAAAUGGCUUAACAAACCGAAAGCAAAAUCAAAUAUUUAUAUUUUGUUUAUUGUUGCACAAAUAAGUCCAAGGAACAGAAAACAUGAAACUUUUAAGAGAAAUAAAUAAUGUGUGUCGCUUUUUCUAAACGAAAUAAAACAAAGAAAUCGUCAAGAGUAAAUAAUA